GUCAAUCGCAAACAUCUUUAUCGGAACCCCAUGAAAACAAACAAUCUAUAAGCCCUAAAGAAACAUGACAUAACAAUACUAUCAGUCACAAUGGCGACCAAUCGCCGCGCAGAUAUACGGGCUCUUUUAUUUGACAACUUAUUGUCCGCCAUUAUAGUACCUGUCGUUUGUUUUUUUUACGGAAACGGACAUAGGAAGGAGGUGUUCUGCCAGUAUGCAACUGAACCUGUUCGAGUGAGGUGCAAUUCUAUUUAUGAAAUAAUCAGUUACGUAUUUGACCGCGGAUUAGGAAGUUGUGAUUUUUAUUUUAUUUUUUUAAGUUUAAAAUUAAUAUUUUCGAAAUGAAGUACCCGUGCAGGAAGAAUUUGACACGAUUCACUAGCGAUAUUUUUGUGGAUUUACCUUGCCGCAAAGACCAGCGGCCCGCGCCGCUCGACGCGGCGGCCAUCAUGAAAGAAAAGAGCAAGAAUGCUGCCCGCUCCCGUAGAGAGAAAGAGAACGCAGAGUUCCUCGAGCUGGCUAAACUCCUCCCACUCCCGGCCGCCAUUACGUCACAGCUGGACAAGGCUUCCGUCAUCAGACUGACCACCAGUUAUCUGAAGAUGCGACAAGUCUUCCCAGAUGGUCUGGGUGACGCGUGGGGCGCAUCACCGCCACCACCUCAACCUCGAGAACUGUCCAUCCGGGAGCUGGGCAGCCAUCUGCUCCAGACCCUGGACGGAUUCAUCUUCGUGGUGGCGCCCGAUGGCAAGAUCAUGUACAUCAGUGAAACGGCUUCAGUUCAUCUAGGACUUAGUCAGGUGGAGCUGACGGGCAACUCGAUAUACGAGUACAUCCACCAGAACGACCACGAGGAGAUGAGCGCCGUGCUCAGCUUACAACACCCCCACUCCUACCUCGGACACCAAUACCCGAGCCUAGGGUACCCCGUGGGCGGUACGUGGGGCCCCUCCGUGGACAUCGAGUGCGAACGAGCCUUUUUUAUAAGAAUGAAGUGUGUACUGGCGAAGCGGAACGCCGGACUCACCACUUCUGGCUAUAAGGUGAUCCACUGCUCCGGGUACCUGCGUGCGCGCCGCUUCGGCGAGGGCGCGGCACCGCUCGGCCUCGUCGCCGUCGGACACUCCCUACCGCCAUCUGCCGUCACGGAGCUCAAACUACACUCCAACAUGUUCAUGUUUAGAGCCAGUCUGGACAUGCGGCUUAUAUUCCUCGAUGCCAGGGUGGCGUCGCUGACGGGCUACGAGCCGCAGGAUCUGAUCGAGAAGACGCUGUACCACUAUAUCCACGGCACGGACGUGCUGCACAUGCGGUACUCGCACUGCACAUUAUUAACGAAGGGCCAAGUAACUUCCCGCUACUACCGGUUCCUGACGAAGGCGGGCGGCUGGGUGUGGAUGCAGAGCUACGCGACCAUAGUGCACAACAGCCGCUCUUCCCGGCCACACUGUAUAGUCUCCGUCAACUAUGUGCUCAGCGACAUCGAGGAGAAGCACCUGAUCCUGAACCUGGAGCAGGGCCCGCCCAAGCUGCACGCGGAGGCCCCCGCGCACCCCGCGCCCCCCACCCCCUCCCCCCACGUCCUCCGGCCAGACAAGCUCAACCACGUGCAACUAGAAAACGAGUUCAACGGGGAUUCAAGUACAGGAUACCAGUACUCUGAGUACUUACCUGUGUUACCUCCGUACGAGGAAGAGUAUCAUCAGAAUGGUACGUACCAUGAACUGUUCUACAACGAAAACUAUACAGAACCAGAGGUUACACCGAAUUAUAUGCUCCCACAAAACCAGCGACCGUAUUCAGCCAGUUCCUCAUCAUGCUCCUCAAUGGAGAGUUCAACAGAAGUCGCGAAUCAGCAAUAUAACUACACGAAUUUAAUAUCGUUCUACCCGAAUCAGCCGCAAAAUGGCCGACCGCUUGACAAUUUUGGCGGGAACUUUAGCAAGAUGGCGGCGAACCCUGCUGUCACCGAAGGUUAUACGUCUGUCAUCGUUGACAACACACAACAGUUUCACCAUCAUGGUGGAGGAGUGAAUGAGUUUGUGCACUGAUGACGCGAAGAUUAGUUUUGAGGUUAUAAAAUUUGAGGUAGAUACCAAGCUAGCUGUAUAGCAUUGGCAAAGUGAAGUAAUGUCAUCAUGACACUCUCACACUUUGUUCUGUUCAAGUUAGUGCAAUAGAGUUGGCUAAAAUGGACUCUAAGCACGAAUUAUUGAGAUUUUUGAGGCUAUGUGUCGAAAGAUGACGAUUGUACCUACAGACUUACAAACUUGCCAAAUUGUAUUUUUCUUAGUUUGCUUAUAUUGAUUUAGGAAGAAAUGUAGAAAUCACUAAAUUUAAAAGUACUACGAUUUUUUUAUUUGGAUACAGUUACUAUCUACUGUAUCCAAAUACCUUUUCCAAAGGAAAUAUCGGUUGUGGAACUGAAAAUAUAGGUUACAAAUAUAAUGUAUUGUAGGUAUGUGCGAAAAUGUAGCUUUAUUGUAUCGCAUUAUAUUUUAAAAUAUAUCUUUUAUCUUGCCUGAUUGUUGUAACGUAUAAGUGAAAUGUAAAUAGUGUUGUAAAUAGAUUUUAGGUUAAAUAAUAAUAUAAGCCAUAUAUUUAUAGAAAUAAAAUACAUAUAAUAUAAUUAGAUCUGAAUAGAAAAUACAAUAAAAGAGCGAACAAACGCGUCAUAACUAGUUACCUAUUUCUUUGAAGAGAAAGUAGAGAAUUCUAAUUUAACAAAUUGUUACGCUUUUGUACUGGUUUUGUUAUUUCACGAUCGUCUUGGUGAUUAGUGUACUUUCACUUUAUUUCGCAUGCACCAAUCGGCAUGAGCCAUCUUCAAGGUAUCAAAAUAAUUUUUCAAUACCGUAAGAAGUUGUUCAUUUGAAUAGGGUUAAAGCUUUUAUAAGAGUCUGGCAGGAAUUGCCGACUUUAAAUCCGUAAACAGCGACUGGUAUGUUAAAUGUAAAGGGGCCCACAGGUUACCAGUUCGCCGGUCGAUAUCAGCC